AUGUCCGAAAAGCGUUCGAAUUCACCGCCUUCAACUGCUCCAGCUCUUCCUCCGGGCCGCCGUGCUUCCAUUGCUUCCGGCACCUCCUUCUCAGAGCUCUUCUCAAGACCUGCCAAUGCUGCCCCUCAGCAACCACCCCCAAGUCCCUCCAUAAAUAUCCCGGGUUCUAUCAUAUCCUCUGCUAGUGCUCAGGCGCAGCAGCGUCGCCGUAUGUCGAUUACCACUUUGGGUCUCUCGGGCUCUCCUACUCAGUCGUCUCCUUUCAGUAGUGCCAAAGCUAUGCGUCGUGAAAGCGUUUCGAGCUCGGUUUUAUCUGGAUCACCAAACAUGGAAGAUUCUGUGAUAGAGGAAAAUGAAAAUGAUACACCAAUGACUUCCCCUUCCACACCGUUUGCUCGUCGUCUCUCCUUUGGAGCUCAAGCAUUCCGGGAACGUGUUGGCGGUGGAUGUUCAAAUGGUAGAUAUCCCUCUGGGAAUCCUGCCUUGGCAAGGAAACGAGCCCUGUCCACUGCCAACAGCACAUCCUUUUUGGCCUUCCCCACUGAUGUGGCUGCUGCAAGUACAUCUACAAACAAUCCCCAGAACAAUAAAUCUAACUCCUCUUUUUGGCGUUCUGUAGGCGAAGGCUUUAAUUGGCCGGAAGCCCUUCGGAGUCGUGCUGAACGUGCUCCUUCGCUGGGAGUUUUUCCCCCAACGUCUCCAACUUUAACGCAGGGAUCACCACCUAGCCCUUCUUCCACGUAUUCUCAGCACCACAGACGAGCUGCUUCCGUUGCAACAAUGGAACAACCUACAACACUUCCUCCUGAGAGUGCACAGAAACUGAAGCAACAGCCAAAACAGAGGCCAAAACCUGACUACUUCCAAGAGAAGAUACUGAGGGGUGACUUCAUGGACUAA